AUGCUUCUAGUUUAUUUUCUCGCCGGCCUCCUUCUCUUCGGUUCCACAACUUCGAAGCAAUUCUAUGAUCCCAAUUCCUGCGCAUCCAAUAAAUUCUCACCAGGUUCUCGGUACAUCUGCAACAAUUCUCUAGCUUCAUGCCCAACAUUCAUAGUCUACCGAGCCCGACCAGGCUUCGAGACUGUAUUGGAGAUUUCCAGGCUGUUUGGUGUGGAGCAACACAAGGUGCUCCAUGCAAACAACCUAACAAGCCCCUCUCAGAUCCUCGAGAAGGACCAGGAGGUUGUAAUUCCAAUUCAUUGCUCAUGCUCUGGCAGUUUCUUCCAAUCCAAUGUCAGCUACUUGAUCCCAAAAGAUGCAACCUUCACCAAAAUUUCUUGUGAGGUUUUCGAAGGCUUGGUGAAAUUUCACACUCUUGUUGAGGAUCUCUCUAAUGCUAAUAAUCUCAAGGUCGGGUCAAAGCUUCCUGUGCCUCUAACCUGUGCUUGUCCUGAUUUCAGUAAUAAUAGAGAUGGAAUUCUGUACCUUGUAACAUACCCAUUUGUUGAAAAAGACGAUAUAGUGGUGGUUGCUGAAAGAUUUGGCAUCUCUCCUAGUGAUAUAUGGGUGGAAAAUAAUGUGGAUGAUCCAGAUACCACAGUCUUUCCAAAUACCACCAUUUUAGUUCCUCUUCGAGCAGAGCCUUCCAUCAAUUCCAGCAUUAAAAAUCCAACCAGUGAAAAGCAUAGUUUCGAUCCAAUGACACCUUCUGUAUUAACUGGAGGCAAGAUGAGUCGAAAGAAUUUAUAUGCGAUUGGCACUGGGGUGGGAAUUUUUUUCAUACUUCUUGGAUUAUCUGGCUUGGUGUUCUAUUACAAGACCAGCUAUAAAUUGAGAGAGAAUAAAUGUGACUCUUUAUCCACACGGAGCUCCACAACAUCAUGCUUGUCUCCUGAUUUGGUUGCGGAGAUGUCUAAGUACUCUCUUAUCAGUUACAGCUUCAAUGAGCUCAGGCAGGCUGCAGGGGGUUUCAGUGAAGACACCAAAUUGGGUUCUUCAGUUUACAAGGGAAGGCUCGGAGGCACAGAUGUUAUCAUAAAAAGAAUGGGAUUUGGCGAUGCUCGAAGAACCAUUAGUAUAUACUCGAAGAUCAAUCACAUUAAUAUCAUUAACUUGGAGGGUGUUUGCUAUGGAGAGAGUGACUUCUCUUCGACGUAUUUGGUGUUCGAGUUCGCGCGAAAUGGAUGCCUGAGAGAUUGUUUGAGGAAUCCAGCAAACGUUCUCCCAUGGCAUAGAAGGACUCAGAUUGCUUUCGAUGUGGCCACCGGGCUUCACUACAUUCAUCACUGCACGGUCCCAUCUUACAUUCACAUGAACAUCACCAGUAGAAGCAUCUUGAUCACAGAAGAUUGGAGAGCAAAAAUUGCAAACUUAGGAAUGGGUACUGUCAUCAAUUCUGGUAAGGAGAGGGGUGAUGUUAUGAUUACUUCUGAGGGGUGGAUUGCACCUGAGUACCUUGAAAAUGGUUCGGCUUCAGACAAAGUGGAUGUGUUUGCAUUUGGGGUUGUUUUGUUGGAGCUCCUUUCUGCCAAAGAGGCUAGAGAUGGGACUUUUGUGAAGAAGCUGGAAUUUUUGACUGCAGGAGGAAGUGCUGCUAGUGGUUGUUUUGAGGAGUUGGGAGGUUUCAUGGAUCCAUCUCUUAAGGAUUACCCCGUCAGCGAAGCUUUGUGCAUGGCUAUUUUAGCCAAGGCUUGUCUGGAGGAUGAUCCCUUGCCUCGCCCAUCAACAAAUGACAUCCUUAAGAUCCUUGCAAGGAUGGUUAUAACUUCAUACCAUUAUUGUAAUAAUUUAAGUCUAUAA